CCUCGGCCGAGCCUCCUGAGGCUGUGGGGCCGCCGAGCAGCGGGGCGGGCGCUAGGACCCGGCGCGGCGGCGGCGGCGGCAGGGCGCGGGGGCUGCGGGCGUGAGGCGGCCGCUCGCCGCGAUGUCGCCCCGGACCGUGGCCGUGGUCGUUCUGUCCGUCGCGCUCGGCCUGUUCUUUGUCUUCAUGGGCACCGUCAAACUGACGCCGCGCCUCAGCAGGGAUGCGUUCAGUGAGAUGAAAAGAGCGUACAAGGAAUAUGCCAAGGCCCUUCCAGUGUUAAAGAAGAUGGGCAUCUCGUCAAUCCUGCUGCGGAAACUCGUCGGGACGCUGGAGGUGACGUGUGGCAUUGUCAUGACCCUGGUCCCUGGAAGGCCCAAGGACGUGGCUAACUUCAUCCUGCUGCUGGUCGUGCUGGCCGUGCUCUUUUUCCACCAGCUGGUGGGUGACCCGCUCAAACGUUAUGCCCACGCCCUUGUCUUUGGGAUCCUGCUCACCUGCCGACUGCUGAUCAUCAGGCAGGCGGACGACAGGGACAAAGAGGUGGCAGCGGGAGUGGCGGCAAAGGAGGGGCAGGCUGAGGCCGAUGGGAAGGCUGACCCUGAACAGGAGAAAGGAAAACUGAAAACCACCUAAAUCAGCUCCUACAGGAUUGGAACUGGGGGCACCUCACCAGCCAACAGUCAUCCCAAGUACAAAGAACCUGUUCCCCACUUCAGCUAAACUGUGCUGCAAGUGAAUGACUUACAGUUCAUGAACAUCUGUUGACAGGGGAACUGAGCACUGGCAGGAGUACCUCCCCGUGACUGACAGCCAAUCCUAAUCAAUACACAUCAGAGCAGAAACCAUCAUCAUCACCAUCGCACCCUGUGUUCCUCAGUGAUUAGAAACUCCGACUUCAUCUCAGAGGCAGGACGAGCUCUACUGAGUGGAUAGAUGUGUGAAAUUUCAUCUUUGAACAAGGCCACACGAUGUCCUGUCUCUCUCUCUCUCUCACACAUUAUAGUUAAAUGGGUUCCCAUUCCCACAUCCUGGACCAUCUCAGUUGUUAAUGUAAUAGGCAGCUCCUCCCAACAUUUAGGAUGGAAAUCUUCCUCACCGAAGCCACUGCAGGAAAUUGGGAACUUCCAAAAUAGCUAAAGACGUGUCCUGGACAGAUAGGAUGGUAGAGAAGUCAACAGCACAGAGGGGUCCACCUCCUGGCUACAUAGACAUCAAAGUCCAUGUAGAGGGUUGGUCACCAUGGUAGUAACCUUUAUUUCUCCUGCUCCCUCCCACUCCCUCAUCAUCUUUGUCCCACCUGUCUCCCACACUGCUCCUUCCCCUCUCCCACACCACACUUUUCCCCUUCCUGCUGAACCUCCUCCCGUUGUCCUUCCUAUUUUUCCCUGUCCGUGCUCCCCCCACUCCCCUUCCUCCCCCACCCAACAAUUGUUGUGGAAUUCCCACGCCGCCACCUCCACCAUUGGAGGAGGAGAUGUGUGGCCACCGGUGGAGGCUCUUCCCUCCCUCACAAUCACCGGGAGGAAAUGCCGUUGACCAUUUGAUCUAGGUUAGUUAGAGGUUCCUGCGGAGAAUGUGACAAGGACUGUGUCAGGGGUUCCUAGGGAAAUGUCCUCACUGGGUGAGCUAAGCAGACCUGGGUAAACCAAGCCCAGUUUAUCUGAUGUGUAAUGUGACAGCUUCUGUUGUCAAGCUCUGCUGUUGGCUUCUGUGAGUCGAUGCAUGUCUUAGUAGCAUUUCCACUUUUUGUUAAUUGCAUCUCGGUUGUAUCCACAAUGUCUGAAAAUAAACCUCAUUUACACUUUCAAAAGCAAA